AAAUAAAAAGCAGUAUAUCCCUAAGCACUGUGUUUAUGUAGUAUUAUCAAUCAGGCGACCUGUUGGGGCAGCACAAUCGCCAGAAGUAAAAUGGGUCCUUCCUUAUCGCAAACGGAAGGAAUGUGACCAGGCUUGGUGCUUAGACUGGCCAGAGCACGGGCCAUAGAUAGGCACUUUGACGCUUCCUGCAAACAAUGGGCGGCAAAACGAGCGCGAUUGCUGCCGGGGUCUGCGGAGCUCUGUUCAUCGGCUACUGCAUUUACUUCGACAGGAAGCGCAGGAGUGAUCCAAACUUCAAAAAAAGGCUCCUGGAACGGAGGAGAAAACAGAGGACAGUGCAGGAGAAAUCUGGAUUGGCUAAGCUGCCAGACCUGAAGGAUGCGGAGGCCGUGCAGAAGUUCUUCCUGGAGGAGAUUCAGCUGGGAGAGGAGCUGUUGGCACAGGGCGACUACGCGAAGGGCGUGGACCACCUGACCAACGCCAUCGCGGUGUGUGGCCAGCCCCAGCAGCUGCUGCAGGUGCUGCAGCAGACCCUCCCAGCGCCCGUGUUCCAGAUGCUUCUGACCAAGCUCCCCACCAUCAGCCAGCGGAUCGUCAGUGCCCAGAGCUUGGCUGAAGAUGACAUUGAAUAAGAGGGCGGGGCUCCCCAUUGGCCGCCGACCUUUGCCCUCCACAGACCGCACCUCUCCCCAAACCCAAGGCCCCAUGGACUCCAGGCAUCGAACGCCAAAAAAGACUGGACUUCCAUUUCCACAAGCCAGUUGUUGUUUUUUUUCCCGUGCACUCGCCCAACUGUUUUAGUCCAGCUUCAUUCUUCUUCUGUGGUUAUGUCGAUGACGUUGUGUCCUUGAAUCCUGGAUGAUUCUGUCCUGGAAUGUCAGUGGGUCUAGUGGGCAAGUCAAAUGUGAAAGUCUGCUUGCAGAUAAGGUGGAAAGAAUACUACAAACUCGUGCACCUGUCCAAAUGAAUUUCUCACCUUGCCCAUAUUUGGACAAAUCUCGCAAUUAAAGUUAAAAUAAAGUUUAAAAAAUGCAUUUAUUCCUCUAUACUGUUUUGUAAUGUGUACACAACAAGUGUAGCCAACAGUGCAAUAUGCAAAUGAAAUGUCAGUGUUCUGUUGUAAAGGUUAACACUAGUUUGUUUUCAUGGGAAAAGUUGCCGUUGGUGCUCUGGUAAAGGGAUGUGUGGGGGAGUUCAGCGUUCAACACGCGGCUUGUGUCCGAAUCCAAGGACCGUGACGAGCCAAUGAAAAACAACUUCCUUUCAGCCUGCUCUAUGCAUUCUUAAACUCACUAUACAUCAAACAGUCACAUUUACAGAGGAAAAUAUUUUGUUUGAGUAUUUUUAUGCAUUUUAAUUCACACUUCUUUCUUAAUUCUGACAUUGACAGUCUCUUCUCUGUAACAUUAAAAUAAAAUGUAUAAAACUGCUGAA